GCAUAUUUAUCUACUCUCUGAACUUGUGAGCAACUCUUGCUCUGUUUUCCUUAAAAAAAAUGAGGAAAAAUGCAAAUUUGUUGAUUUUGUUUAUGAUUUUCAUGUUUUUCUUUUGUGGGUUAUCCUCAGUUUCAGCUAAACCUCCUCCUGUUAAGAUUGUAAGUGGGCUUGUGACAAAUGUAGCAUCGAUACUCUGGAAAUGGUUAUGGUCUCUUCAAACAUCCACAACCACAACAACCACCACAAAAUCUGGUGUUUCUAGCCGUUCGAUGGUGAAAUACGAAAGUGGAUAUAACAUGGAGACAGUUUUUGAUGGAAGUAAGCUUGGGAUUGAGCCCUAUGCGAUUGAAGUUUCCCCUAAUGGAGGAGAGCUUAUUGUCUUGGAUUCUGAGAACAGUAACAUCCACAAAAUCUCCAUGCCUCUUUCUAGAUAUGGUAAACCAAAGCUACUCUCUGGUUCACAAGAAGGCUACACAGGACAUGUCGAUGGGAAACUCAAAGAAGCGAGAAUGAAUCGUCCUCGAGGAUUAGCCAUGGACGACAGGGGGAACAUCUACGUCGCCGAUACUAUCAAUAUGGCCAUACGCAAGAUCAGCGAUGACGGAGUCUCAACCAUCGCCGCUGGAGGAAGAUGGAGCGGUGGAUCUAAAGAGGAGUCAAUGAGAUUCUCCGAUGACUUUGAUUUAAUAUAUGUCUCUUCAAGCUGCUCUCUUCUAGUCAUUGAUCGAGGGAAUCAAUUGAUUAAAGAGAUUCAGCUUCACGAUCAUGACUGUUCUCAACCGGAACCCGACACAGAUAGUCUCCAUCUUGGAACCGCUUUGCUGGUUGCUGCUGUGUUCUUUGGGUAUAUGUUAGCAUUAUUAGUUCGUAGGGUACGAUCGCUGUUCUCUUCGUCUAGCCAUGAUACUAAGAGUAAGAGACAUGUAGCAACACCGAGCAUGACAAUGGCUCCGUACCAACGUUAUCCAAGACCGGUACGACAGCCAUUAAUCCCACCUCAACAUGAAUCGGAAAAAGAAGAAGGAUUUCUCGGUUCGCUUGGAAAGCUAGUCGUGAAAACCGGUUCUUCGGUUUCCGAGAUGAUGUCCGGUUCUAGAAAUGUAAUUCCCCCAAACUUUCAUCAGUACCACCAUCAGCAAGAACCGAACCAAUGGCCGGUACAAGAGAGUUUCGCUAUACCGGAAGAAGAUGGACCACCAGCUUUAGAACCGAGAUCAGGUACAAAUCCAGAUAAACCCUACCUUAGAGCACAAGGAACCAACCAAAACCGGUCUUAUUACCAAGACUAUGAUCAAUACCAAAACCAGCAGAAACGCAAUGUGAACGAUACAGCGUCGUUCGAAGAUAACCGAGAGAAGAACGAGAUUGUUUUUGGGGCAGUUCAGGAGCAGGACGGUCGCCGAGAAGCCAUGGUGAUCAAGGCCGUUGAUUUCAACGAAGCCAUUAACGAUCAGCGCAAUCUACGGCCCAGAAUUAAUUAUAUGGGAUAUUCUUCACAAGUUUACUGAUUAAAGAAAGUCAAAUUUUCAUAAUUUACGUAAAGCGUGUGUAAUAUAUUUCUUCAAGUUCUUAUUUUAAUGUAGGAUACUUUAAAUCAUAUAAUUGGCUCACUAACGGUCGACCGUUAUAAAA